AUGUCGCUGGUCGGCUCGCUCAUCUGCCUGGUCUGCAGCUUUGUUACUUGCAUGCAGACAUGUGGUGCCGCUCCUGUCCCUCCCUGUCCUGGAAACGACUGCGUGAUCUCUACCAAUCCUCGUCCUGCCGCCAAUCCGCUCUUGGUCAACCUUUCUCUCGGAGCGGUCACCGGCACGGUUACCGACUACUCUGCACAGCGCUUCACGCUUCCCUACGCAGCUCCGCCGGUCGGAUCGUUGCGUUUCGCCUGGCCUCAACCGCUCACCUCUCUCAAUGCCCCGGCGUAUGACGCUAGCAAGCUUCCGAAGGCUUGCAUGCAGCAACCGGACUCGCGGUACGAAAUCUCGGAGGACGGUAUCAGCGAAGACUGCCUGUACCUGAACAUUUAUCGACCUUCACCGUCGAUCUCUGCUGCUGGUCAAGGCAAGAAACCCGUCCUCGUCUGGGUGCAUGGUGGCAGCUUCGUGUCCGGCUCUUCUACCGCGCCUGGUCUCGACGGCUCGUGGCUGGCAAGCAAGAACAAUGUGAUCGUCGUCACGAUCCAGUACCGACUCGGGAUGUUCGGAUUUUUCUCUCCUUCUGCUUUCACCGACGAAUCUGCCGCUCCCUCUUCCAGCACCAGCACUCCUGGCAACCAAGGCGUCCGAGACGCCAUUCAAGCACUGCAAUUCGUUCACGACAACAUCGCUUCGUUUGGUGGUGAUCCGAACAGCGUCACGCUUGCGGGACAGAGCAGUGGCGCACACCUCAUCCGCGCGCUCCUGAAUGCUCCGUCCGCCGCACCACUCUUUCAGCGCGCCAUUCUGCAUUCCGACCCGGCCAACUUCGGUACCCAGUCCCGGACCACCAGUCAGAAGGUGAGCGACUUUGCUCUCUCGCAAACGGGCUGCUCCGACCUCGCCUGCUUGCGGUCCCAGUCAGCGGACGAUCUCUUGGGCGCCAGCAUGUCGACGCUGCAAGCGGGUCAGAGCAUCGACCCUUCCGUUGCAAUGACAGAGGUGUUCCGUCCUUUUACUGGUGCGCUCACCGCCUCGCCAUUCGAGAACGAUCCCAGCCGAUCCUCGAGCACCGGCAAACCGAUCAUCUUUACCAACGUGGAGAACGAAUCUGGUUCAGUGGUCGGGUCGAUGCUCCAGCCGACGUCUGCAGGCGCUCAAAAUGCUCAGAUGCAAGCCUACCCGAUGUCGUUAUCGCGCGAUCAGCUGCUGGGUCAGAUGUUCAACGCCGGCCGCAGCACCAGUCUCUCUUCUGCACCGCAAUACAGUGUGGACAUGAAAGCCAACGACGGCUUGCGUCAGAACCUCGAGUCCAUCCUCACCCAAGGCAUGUUCACCUGUCCGAACUGGAACCUCGCACAACGGUACGCGACGCACACGCCUUCGUAUAUCGCCCUCUUUGAACGCGGCAUCAGCUAUCCGUCCAACGCAGGCAACGACUACUGCGCCACGCGCGUGUGCCACGAAGACGACAUCCAGCUCGUCUUCUCCAACCCGAACAAGCUUAGCGACGCAUCGACGAAGGCGGUCGUCAAGGAGGUGCAGGCAAGGUGGGUCGCUUUCAUGAGAAGCGGCAAUCCGAACGUUGGCCAGUAUGGCGGGUGGAGCAGCACAGGUGACGAUCAGCAGAACGCUCUCGUGCUCAGACUCGGGAAGGACGGAGGAGCGGCAUCGUCAAUCGUGGAUACGGUGUCGCUGCAGUCGGGACAGUAUGCGGGAUGCGGUCAGGUAUGGGGAAGCCAUGUCAAGUACGAUUGGCAGCUGUACGGUUGA